GCUUGCAACCAGAAGAUACAACACCAAAACGGUGCACCAGGACUCGAGUCGAGGAGGCUGGUGUUGCUUUCCGUUCACUAAAAACGAUCUCUUGACGAGAUCGAGAGGUGGAGGUCGGUGUGUAUUGCGGUGAAAAUACUACGCAUUGCUCUAGCGACCACCGGCCACAACACUCAGUAAACGCGCUGGAGUUUCGAGUCCUGUUGGCAAGGCCAUGUCGUGGGUCUUCUGGGUGUGAUUUGCUAGGAAGGAAACAGCGGUCGCCACAAUGAGCUAUCGUCCGACUUUGGCAGGUGUGGAUGAGUCCGUGCAGGACUAUUUCGUACUGAAUCAAAUCCCGGAGAUAGUGGAGAGCUUGCUGGCCUCUGUGUUGGUAGCACGACCGGAGGACCCGUGGACGUACGUGCAGGAGAAACUGGAAUGGCUGCAGACGUCGGACGAUUUCGAGGGCACGUAUGCCUGGGAUAUGUUUAUCGAUGAUGAAUUGCGACCACCGAAACGCACGUUCAAUGUACGUAGCUACAUGGAUAGCUUAAUGGGUUAUGACGAGGAGAUGAGCGAAGAGUACGAGAAGGCGUGCAAUCUGCACGUCAGGCUGUUGUUGCGGAGAGUGAUACGGGGUUGGAGGCGCUGGACCAUUGCUCACCAGGAGAAGCGGGUACUGCUGCACCAGCGCAUGGAUGAGGCACGCGACUGGCAUCGACUGUAUGCGCAGCGCGUGCACUUUGCCAAGUGGUGCCUGUGGCUGAGACGAUAUGCUGGUCGGCUUCACACGUUCUCGGCCAGCCUGACAGCUGUAGCCAAUGUCAGCACGGAGCGGUUUGUGUUCCGCGCCUGGCAUAAGUACACGCAGGAAGCCGUGCGUACAACGCGCUGGUUUCAGGCGUGUGAAGGGGACGAUGACGAGAACGUUGGCGAUGGGACUGGUCAAUCGACUGCACUCCGUCCACCCGGCUGCGACGAUGUCAGCUUGUUACCUCGUGUCCUGGCGGUGAAGGUCUUCUCCUAUCUGACUGUGCCGGAGCUGGCUAACUGCUCGCGCUCAUGUCGUAGCUGGAAGGUAAUAGUACAGCAGACCGGCCUCUGGAGUCGUGUGGAUCUGUCCACCUGUGCUCAGAAGGUCAGUGACGCUGCCCUGAUGAAGAUUCUCAACAGGUGUCGGCCGUUCCUUGUCCACCUCAAUGUCCGCAGCUGUGAUCAGCUCACGCCGCGUGGUUUGUCUGCCAUAGGAGGCUGUACGAAUCUUCAAGAUCUGAACAUGUCCGAGUGUGGUGAAGCGCUGACUGCCGAGUCACUGCAGAAGAUCGUGGCCGGUUGCCGCAGCUUGCUGUAUUUAAACAUAUCUUACUGCCACGUCACGGAUGCGUGCCUGCGGGUGCUGUCGCGCCACUGUCCAAACCUGCAGCACUUGAGUCUAGCCGGGUGUGUGUCAUUCACAAGCCGUGGUGUUCGUCACCUUUCCUCCGGCAAUGGCUGCCACAAAGUCACCUACCUUGACCUGAGCGACUGUGUCCAGUUGACGACAGAGGCUACUUGGGCGAUUGGUAAAGCAUGCCCUCAGCUCAACACACUGGUACUGAAUGAUAUGCCUCAGCUGGAUGAUGAUUCACUGCGGGCUCUUGUCACCGACCUUCAUAACGUGAAGCACAUCUCGGUUAUGGGAUGUCCGAAUGUAUCUGACGGCUCGCUGAAGUUCCUGAUGAAACAAGCUGCACAGCGCCUGAUCUCCUUCAAGAUUGAGAAUAACAACCUGCUAACUGAUUCAUUUGUGAGGAGCCUGGCUCGUGCCGCUAGCCUGCGGCAUCUGUGCCUGAACUCAUGUGUCCGUUUGACCGACAACUCGCUGAGAGCUCUGAGCCAGUGCAAAUACCUCGUCUCGCUGGAUCUAACCAACUGUCUGCGUGUCUCGGACGUUGGAGUGCGGUACAUUGUGGAAGGCGCUGCCGGAGCACAGCUGCGCAGCAUCAACCUGACAAACUGUGUGCGUGUCAGCGAUGUCACUCUGCUACGGCUGGCUAAGACAUGUCAGGAGCUGCGCCAUGCCGCCUUCUGCUUCUGCGAACAUGUGCAAGAUGCCGGUGUGGAAAUGCUGGGAGACUUGCCCAACUUGAUCUCUCUGGACCUGACUGGCUGCAAAGUGGCCGACGAGGGCAUCUCGGCACUUGGCACCAACCCGCACUUCGCCGACCUGGUGCUGUCGGAAUGCGUGGCCGUCACUGACAACGGCCUGCAGAAGAUGUGCACGUUCUGUCCCAACCUGCACCUGCUCGAUGUAUCACACUGCCCGACCAUCACUGACACCGCCAUGAAGAACUUAGCAUUCUUCUGCCACCUGAUGACUGAUGUGAACCUAACAGGCUGCAGCCAGUUGACCGACCUCACAGUGCAGUAUCUAUCAUCCGGCUGCCAUUUCCUGCACACUCUCGUUCUGGUGGGCUGCUCAAAGGUCACCGAGAAAUCACUCAAGUUCCUGAAGCGUGGCUGCCCGGUACUGAGAGUGUUGGAUCUCAGCGGCUGCAAGAAAAUAACGAAGGGAUCGAUUGUGCGUGCCAAUAUGCCGCCGCUUCUCCACAUCAUCAAGCAGUCGGCACCAAUCAUCAUGUCACCUGCUCCAUCGCACCCCAGCACACCAAGGCCAACGGAACAAGGAGAAAGAGCAGGCAUGGUACAAGUUUGAUGUGCGGCCACUGUGCUAAGCAACUGUACACCUGCUGGAAGUUCGAUCCAGUGCACUGCAAGAACAAGCUGGGAAUUUAGUCACAUGCACCCAAGCUAUCUUUCCAGCACACACACACACACACCUUGGACCUGCCCAUCGCGGAAGCGAUGAUAGCGAACAGCUAUGUUAGACAUAGCAACUUGUGCUGGGAUUACACCAUUCAACAGCUUGCAAGGCUGAUGAAUUGACCGCCACUAAUUUUAGCCUGGUAUCCACCACACAGCUGAUUGAAGUGGCUUUUUCUGGCCAGUGAACACACACACACACACACACACACACACACACACAGGCACACACGCACACAAUAUGUGUGUGACUGUGCGCCUGUUGCCCGUGUGGCUAGCCAAGCUCAACAGUAGUCCAUGACUUUGUCCUUGAUACCAGCCAGCCUUUCAUUGACCACAUGGCAGCAUCAUUAGUCAAUUCCACAUCCAAUGCGAUAAUAGUGCAAGCGCGACAUCUAAUCAAUGCUAGAAAUUAUAGAAUACAAACUCA